AUGACGGGAGAAAAAACCAAAGUUAAUCACUUGCACUGCACGGUGAGAUUAGCUCUACGUAUUCAUGCUCUUGAGAUGGCAGCCUGGAAGAGGCACUGGAAGUAUUCAGCUUUUAAUGAGCUCCUGAACUGGGACUUGGGCAAUUUCACAAAACUGUCCUACAGAACUCAGCAUACACCUUUUAUUACUGAGGCUGGGAGCUUUGCGACCCGGGCUUUGCCGGUGCUGGCGGAGCGGCUGCUCGGGUUGCCAGCACCGACGGUGGCAGUGAGGAGCCUGGGAUGUGCCGGGCACCCCACGGCCGGUCGCCGAUGCAAGCGUCUGGGCCCGGGCCGAACUUCUUGGAGAGCCACGGGUCUGCCGGGACCUCCCGACACCGCCGUUUUACAACGACGACAGCCAGGAUCACCGAUCACCUUCGUCUUCAGGAGACGCCGCGGCAGCCGCCUUCAACCUCCCCCCAUGACUAACUGCCACCUCCCAAGGGGACGGCAACCCGGCCAUGGCGGGCUGGGCCAGCCACCGCCACCACCGCCACCAGUAUCACCGCCACCAGUAUCUCCACUACCACCAGUAUCGCCGCCGCCGCCCGGCGGGAGCAGCUCGGCGCCGGGCUCCCCUCAGGACUGUCGUGUCCACCCCCCCCCCCCCCCCCCCCCCCCCCCUCAGCGGCCGGUCGGCGGGUAG